AGUGGUAAUAAUUAAAUUAGUUUUUAUAAAUGAACAGUCCUUCACCUAACAGUUUUGGUCCAAUUAAUGUAAGACUUGUGAGUAUGGAAUGGAAGGAAUCCUUCUAUUUCUACUUUCCUGGCCUGCAUCUGCAUACAAAAAAAUGAGAAAUUCUUUGCAGUUUGUUUGGCCUGGGAUCUUGUGUUUGAUGUUACUGAGUUUUGAAUAUGAAGUUGAAACAAAGUCCACCAUUGAAGCAUGCAAUUCCUCAGACUCAUGCCCCUCUCUCCUCUCUUAUCUCUUGCCAUGGGACUCCAAAGUAUCAGAAAUCGCGACUCGUUUCCAUGUAAACGCCUCUGAUAUCUUGGCGUCCAACUCUCUCUUCCCCAUAACAUCAUCAAGUGCACACCAAAUCCUGAGGGCCAAAACGUUUGUCAAAAUACCCAUCUUCUGCUCUUGUGUGGAUGGCAUCCGAAGGUCCAUGUCAACCGUCUACACUGUUCGUGCAGCAGACACAGCUGCGUCCAUAUCAGAAGGUUAUGGUGGGUUGGUCAGUGGUGAACAAAUCAAGAUUCUGAACAGCAUCAAUGGCAGCAACCCCUUGAGGAAUGGAGGCACCAUUGUUAUUCCACUGCCAUGCACAUGUUUUAACAACGUUAACAAUGGGGGAACCGCUGUUUACAUGUCAUAUGUUGUGCAGAGAAGAGAGAGCCUGAGCAGCAUAGCAGCAAAGUUUGGUACAACUAUUUCGGACUUGAAAGCUGUCAAUGGCUUUUCGGAACCUACGGUAGAUCCUGGAGACAUUAUAUCUCUUCCCAUUGCAGCAUGUUCAUCAGCAACCUUGAAAUGGUACGAUGAGAGUAUGAUAGUCCCAAAUGGCUCAUAUACAUUAACUGCCAGCAACUGCAUCAAAUGCAGUUGCCAACCAAUGGAUAUUACCAGGAUGCGAUGCGUUCCUUCUGGGCUAGCUGUUCCCUGCUAUAACUUACGUUGCAAACAAUCCAAUCUUAUUAUUGGCAGUGAAUGUGUUGAGCAUUCAGAAACAGCUUGCAAUGUGAUCCAAUGUGUUUACCGUGGCCACAGGGGUGGAAAAAUUCUGAGUAGUAUGAAGAACUCUUCUUACCUCCAGUGUCCUGAUAAUGUCUGUCAUAGACGACCAUCAUGUUGGCCUUUCUCAGCAUAUUCUGAAGACCCAUUUGGUAUGUCUCCGAAGACAUCCUCCUCCUUGCCACUGCCAGUUUCUAAAGCUUCUCAGAAGACUAGUGCCUUUAAUGGAAGGCUUGCUCCAUUUUUAAUCAAUGUGCUGCAAAUAUUCUUAUUUUUAAAGUUUAUCCUUUAUUUUCUGAUUUGAGAUUUGAGCACAUCUUGUAUUCAAUUCUACCUUACCCUUGUAUAAGAAAAGAAAGAUUUCACUUGUUUUUUGGGUGUACAAAGCCAUUGUUUUUACGGUUUUUUUUUUUUUCAUCCUCAAUAAACUUUGUCGCUUUGUUUGGUUUGGGGACUUAUUUUGAGAACAUUUUUCUGCACAUUUGAUUAUAGCAGAAUUCCGUUUAUUGUUCUUGAAGAACUGCAAGUGGAGCAAUUAGUCAGUUGUCAUUAUCAUUGUCCCUCGUUAGAAGCUACAUAUAUUACAGGUAAAAUUUCUAGAGCUAAGUUUUUGCAAAUUUGAA